GUAUAUACUCACCGAUGGGUAACUCAGGAUCUUUGACAGCAGUAGCAAAACAUAUAUCUAUCUGGACAGGGGAAAGGUAGAUUCACGACGACGGUGAUUUUGGGGUUUGAGGGCAGAUAAGAGGAGAGAGAACUGAAAGCCCCUAUUGGCUCUCCUUUCUCUUUUCUUCCACUCUCUCUUUCUCCUUCCGAUGCGAUUCAACUUCAGCUCCUCUUUGUCUGUUGUAAUAGCAGAGUUGGGCGGUUUGAAUCAAGAGUUUGAAAAAUUGAAGUUUACCUCAAAUUUCGGAUUUAGAAGAUGAAGAAUUGGUGUUUUUUUUGUGGCCAGAGAUAUCGGGUAAAUGUCAUAUUGGAAUUAUUAAAUCGUGUUAUGUUUAGUUACGAGAAAAAAUUAAUAUCAAUUUUGGUCACUCGUACUGAAACUGGUCACAUUUAGUCACUCCCCGUUAGUUUCCGUCCAACUCCCUUUCUCCUUCGAUUAAACUCAUUGGAGUAUUGAUAUGGAGGGCGGCGUGUGGUGGUGAGUUGGGUCGGGAGGAAGUGGCGGUUUGAGAUGAGAGGGAGGUGGUGGAAUGCAUCAGAGAAGGGAAGCGCGCGGGGUGUGGUGGGUAUCGCUUCCUCACCAGAUCCAAACAAUUCCUCUCCCAGCAACCGGACCACGUCCUCCGCCUCAACGAUGUUGGCAAGCUGUUGAUGAUGUCCAAGGACAAGCGUAUCCCUCUGAGUAAGAUUCAUCAUUGUCGAUUGUUGUUCGGAAUUCCUGAUGAUUUUCGAGAUAGAGUGGUAAAGUAUCCAGAUCGAUUUAAGGUUGUGGUUGGGAUUGAUGGGAAUCGAGUGUUGGAAUUAGUGAACUGGGAUAAGAGAUUAGCAGUGGAGCAGGAGGUGGCUGGAUUCGGAGAGGAAAGAUGGGGAAGAUCGAAGGUUCGGGUCGGUCGGUCAAAGAGAGAAGAAGAGAAAGGGUUGGGUCAUGGGUUGGAUAGUUUUAAUGACGUGGCAGCUCGAGUUUUACUUUUGUUGGGUUAAAUCCGGUUGAUUAGGCGAUUAUGUUUGCCACAUCAGCACUUAACGGACUCUAUUAACGGAGUAGGACGGAGACUGAUAGAGAGUGACCAAAUAUAACAUGUUUUACUAAAAUAAGUGACCAUUAUUGAUAUGAAUUUUUUCUAGUGUCUAAAUAUGACACAUUUUAGUAAACCCAGUGAGCAAACGUGGCAUUAACCACAGAGAUAUCCCACGCGGGAAUACAACAGAUACGACAAAAAAAGGUAUCUUUGCAUGUCAAAAUUAUAAAAUAGAAUUAAGAAAGAGCCGACGGUCGACCAACCGACGAUCCAAUGAUGAGAGGGCUUGUUUCGCCACGAGAUGGGCAACCCUAUUAUACUAACGCGGGGCAAAGUGGAACGAGGAACGUUGCAAGGAAGCUCCAAGGACUUGAACUUCAGAGAGAAGGCUAGCAGCAAUUGCAAGGGAUGAAUCCUUUCGAUUUAUCAUUUGUAUGAUUACCUUGUCAUUGUCGAGGCCUGCAAAACGAGCACACACAGCUACCAUUGGCCGAAAAAUGGUAGGUACUUUUGCUCGACCUUCCUACUUUCCGUCACUAUCCACCUUGGCUGAGCAGAGAUGCCCCAACUUGAACGCCACGAUGGAGGGGAAAGGUGAAAGUGGCUCCACCAACACCCUCGACUAGCGCCCAAAGAUUUGAGUAUGUGCAAUCUUUCACCGUCGAGAAGGAUAAUGGAAGGGUUCUCACAUUUUCGAGGGAAAACAAAUAGCCCCUGCAAAACAAACACCCACAAGCAUCAUUGCUAUAGGGCGACAAAGCUCCACCGAAAUGGACUCAAACAAGCCAACGUGGCUUAGUUGGAAACUUCGAUGAUGGUGAUGAAGAAUUUUUGUUGAAUUUGGUUGAUUUGGAAUUUAAAAAAAUUGUUGUUUGGGGGGUUAGAUUUAUUUAGCAUUAAAGAAUUUGGUCCAUUCUCUCAAAUCUUACCAAAUUAUGCAGGAUUUUAAAAUCCGUGAAUACACACUUUUUAUGCACCCAAACGCUGUAUUUGGUCAAUUCUCACUAGUGUUUGAUUCGGGAUCCAAAUUCAUGACAUAAAUCCAUCAUCUAAACGACCCUUAUAUCUAUAGUGGUUGUCAAAAUAAUGGCCCACCAGUCGGGACAAUCGGGUUCAAUGUAUCGUUGUAAAAUCUAUUGGAAUGUCCUCGAUAUAAUUGGCAUGUUUGUCACAUCGAUGAAAUACCAGUCGAUUGAACCUGCUAUGACCAUUGUCAAUCGUGAAAUUGGUUGGAACAUCAUUGAUAUGUCCGACAUGAUCUAUUUUAUGUCACCCAAUUUCUUGGUUGUUGCUUCUUCAAGUUCGCAAUUGGUUCCUUCAAGACCGCGAGCAUAGUCUUCGUUCCAGAGGCCACAAUCUUUUGCUUGACUUAGGGGCUCGUUUCUCAACCGUGAUCUCUGCCAUUCUACCGCGAUCUCCUUGUUUUGCUCCUCAUCCUACACUUGUGCUACGUUUUUGUGCCUAAAACACUUGUAUCGUCGAAUGCACCCUAAAAUGACAUGAAAUACUCCGAGGAACGGAUGUGGGAUGCAAAUGACAAUAUAUUAACCAUUAAGGAAAUAGAAUGGCUGAAAAAACCUUGAAUAUGGAGGCUAAAUAACACCAAUCUGGGUGUUCCCAUAUUAUAUAUAUAUAUAUAGGGUGCCUUUUAUCUUACCCAAAGAUAAAUCUAGGGUACUUCU